AUGGUUAUAAGGAACCGACCAUUUUCCUGGCUAUAUUUGCAAGAAACAAAGAAACAUCAUUACCAUCAAGAUUAUCCUAAAAAUAGGAUAAAAUUAUGGAUUAAAACUGAUCACAAUGUCGAUAAAACCGUCGAAAUUAUUGAAACUUGGAUUUCAAACGUUACUAAUUUAUAUCAUUCUGUUAAUUUGACCAUAGAUGAUGGUAAUCAUUUACAAUUUGAUGAUGAAAAAGGUCCUACAAGUUGGUCAUUGAAAAGAUUUAAACAUUUAAUCGAGUUAAAAGAAAAAGCUUUGAAUGUUGCAAGAGAAAACUGGGCCGAUUUUAUAUUUGUGAAUUGUGAUGUUUUUUUAACCGAUAAUGAAACAUUUAAAUAUUUGGUGAGACAAAAUCACACAGUGACAGGACCCAUGUUGAAAUCGAUUGGAUUAUAUUCGAAUUUUUGGUGCGGCAUGACAUCGAAAUAUUAUUACAUGAGAACGGAUGAUUAUAAACCGAUAUUGAAAAGAGAGAAAAAAGGUUGUUUCAAUGUUCCAAUGAUUCAUUCAGCUCUUAUUAUUAAUCUCAAUAAAUAUGAAUCUGAUUAUUUGACAUUUAACAGCAGUAAAAUAAAAAAUUACAAUGGACCAAUAGAUGACAUUAUAACAUUCGCAUUAUCCGCUAAUUAUUCUGGUGUGAGUUUACACGUUUGCAAUGAAAAAUUAUUCGGGUAUGUAACACUGCCAUUAGAAGCACAUGAACCGUUGGAUUAUGAUAAAAUAAUAAUGAAAAAUUUAAAAGUUGAAAUAUUAGUCGAUAAUCCACCAUUGAAAGUAAAUGAUAUAUUUAAUUCUUACAUACCUGAAAAAAGUUUGGAUAAGUUAGGUUUCGAUAAAAUAUACAUGAUCAAUUUGAAGAGAAGACCUGAAAGGAGAAUUCGAAUGAUUGAAACAUUUAAUGAACUCGAAUUGGAUGUGACUGUAUUCGAUGCUGUCGAUGGAAGGUAG